UUUCUUACUUUGUCACAAAAUUAAUGUUAUCUUAUUAGAUUAAAAUCGUACGCAAAUCCACGUGCCAGCAUUUGUGUACCAUUUGUAAAGCACUCCAUCAACGCUUGAUUUUUAUCACCUCCCGGAUCUCAAUAUUUUUGUCAACUGUCCAAAAAACGCGGGAACUCGUGUAAACUUUUUAAAAAUUCACGUCACCGACGGCCAGUGCGUUGAGUCCUAAAAAAGGAGGUCUGAAUCAUCGGAUCGGCCACAAUAAAAUAACUCGGCGAACAAUUAGUACAAACAGUCGAACAAUGAUGCCAAUCGUCUCGAGCGAACUAAAUCUACUUUUGGAUGACUUUUGGUAUGUGAGACGCGUCACAGUGCGAAUGUCAUUGGAUUUAUAAAUACGAUACAGCUCCAGAAAUAGGUAGCUACAGGUUUUCCAGGCGUACGAACGAAAAUAAAGUACCCUGGAUCCGUUAAACAAUAUUAUUGUCUCGGCCGGUUGGGUGGCGUUGAAUAGUGAGUGUUUUAGUCUUUCGCUUUGCUUUUCUCCCUAUUUUUUUAUUGUGACGCUAUGGAUGACGAUGAAAUUCAACAAUUCUCAUUGCGCUGGCAUAAACACCAGAACAGCGUGAUAGGGGCCCUGGGUCGCAUGCUGAGCACAGGAGCCCUGACUGACGUGACCCUCAGCGCCAGCGGGACCUCCGUGAAGGCACAUAGGCUGGUCCUGGCGUCUUGCAGCCAGUACUUUGCGCAGCUUUUUAAGGAGUUAGACACAGAGAACAACACAGUGGUGGUGGUUCUCGGCUGCGAGGCGGCGGAGCUGAGGCUGCUGCUUACCUUCAUGUAUACGGGAGAGGUGACGGCUUCCAAGAAGAUCCUGCCUUCGCUGCUCAGGCUCGCGCAGACCUUGAAGGUUUCGGGGCUGACUGAUGCUGACACGAACUCUACACUAACACCCACGGAUACCGAUGCAACUCCAGAAACCGAGCAACCGCCGUCACCAGUCAACUUAGAACUCAAAAGCGACCAGAACUCCAACUUCAUCGUCAACGAAAAUUCCAACAGCAGCUCCAAACAGAACUUCGAUGACGUCAGAUCACCGACAAACGAUAUAAAAGACUCAAUAGUGAAUAGUAGCAACGAUUUUAUAAGAAACGAGAAGGAUAGACUUAGUAAAUUAGACCAGAUAGUCCAGAAUUUGUACAGCACGCAUAAAAUUGGGAAUCCAACCGUUCCUGUUAGUCCGACUACGAAUGCUCCAGAUACCGAGCCGUACGACAGAAAAUGGCGCCUAAACAGCUCAGUGUGCACGAUCUGCCACAAGCGGCUCAGCAACCAGUACAACCUGCGCGUGCAUAUGGACACGCACGCGGGCCGCCGGCACGCCUGCGCCGCCUGCAGCCACGUGUCGCGCUCGCGGGACGCGCUCAGGAAACACGUGGCCUACAGGCGAUGGCAGUUGAACAGCUCAGUGUGCACGAUCUGCCACAAGCGGCUCAGCAACCAGUACAACCUGCGCGUGCACAUGGACACGCACGCGGGCCGCCGGCACGCCUGCGCCGCCUGCAGCCACGUGUCGCGCUCGCGGGACGCGCUCAGGAAGCACGUGGCUUACAGCUCAGUGUGCACGAUCUGCCACAAGCGGCUCAGCAACCAGUACAACCUGCGCGUGCACAUGGACACGCACGCGGGCCGCCGGCACGCCUGCGCCGCCUGCAGCCACGUGUCGCGCUCGCGGGACGCGCUCAGGAAGCACGUGGCUUACAGGCGAGUCAUUCUCUCUCUCUCUCUCUUUCUUUAG